GUCACACGUGGCAAAACAUCGUACUACACAUUAUUACGAAUUUGCAAGUUUUCUGGAACUUGUAACCGAUAAGUAAUUUUAAUUUUCGCCAGUAAGAUGGCGAAGAAAAAUUUUUGGUUCAACAGCUUUAUAUGGCUUGUGUUUGUCGUGGGUCUCUCCAAGCAAGCCAAGAAGAAAAUUGACAAAAGCUCCAUCAUAGAAAUAAAUGAUAUUAAGCCAUUCAAGAAAUUACAAAGGACCCAUACCAAUUUGCUUGUUUUAUUUGCUCAAAGCGAACGUGAUGCGUCAAGUCGAUUUGAAGUCUUGGCACGAGUUGCAGAAGAAAUUAAAGGCAGGGGGACUGUUGCAUACAUAAAUUGUGGAGAAAGCAAAGAUACAAAAAAAAUGUGCAAGAAGCUCAGAGUUUCUCCUCAACCUGUGGUGUUAAAACAUUACAAAGAUGGGGAUUUUAACAAAGAUUAUGAUAGGAGGAACACAGUUAAGUCAAUGUUAAACUUUAUGAAUGAUCCUACGGGAGAAAUGCCUUGGGAAGAAGAAGAAGGCACAGAGGAUGUACGACAUGUUCACACAAGUAGUGAAUUUGUCAAACUGACAACAAAAGAGAAGAAACCAAUCAUGGUCAUGUUCUAUGCUCCAUGGUGUGGUUAUUGUAAAAAGUUAAAACCUGACUAUGCUGUAGCAGCCACUGAACUUAAAGGAGAAGCUAUAAUGGCUGGAAUGGAUGUAGAUACUUAUGAAGCAUAUCAAAUCAGAGAAAAAUUCAAUAUCACAGGAUUUCCAACUUUAAUAUAUUUUGAAAAUGGUGAAGAAAAAUAUCGUUAUCAAGGAAAACAUGAUAAAGAUUCUCUUGUAGAGUGGAUGAGAAACCCUGCUCCUUCAACUCCACCUGCUAAGGAAGAGGAGUGGAGUGACAUACCUAGUGAUGUUGUCCAUCUCAAAGAUGACACAUUUGAUGACUUUAUUGCAAACAAUCCAUCUGUUCUUGUCAUGUUUUAUGCUCCUUGGUGUGGUCACUGCAAAGCUAUGAAGCCUGAAUACACAGAUGCAGCCAAAACAAUGAAGGAGGAGGAGGUUCCUGGUGUGAUAGCAGCAGUAGAUGCAACAAAGGAAACAGCAGUUGGCAAAAGAUUCAAAAUUGAGGGCUAUCCAACAGUGAAAUAUUUCAAAGAUGGUGAAUUUGCUUUUGAUGUGAACGAGAGAACGGCUGACAAGAUUGUGGCAUUUAUGAAAGAUCCAAAAGAACCACCCCCACCCCCUCCCCCAGAGAAAGAUUGGAGUGACGUGGAGAGUGAGGUGGAACACCUGACAGAUGACACUUUCAAAGGAUUCCUGAAGAAAAAGAAACAUGUCUUGGUCAUGUUUUAUGCACCAUGGUGUGGUCACUGCAAGAAAGCUAAACCAGAAUUUAUGGAAGCUGCUAAACAUGAUGCGGAAAACUCUAAGGUUGCAUACGCUGCAGUUGAUUGUACAGUCCACAGAUCUGUGUGUAACCAGUUUGACGUGCAGGGAUACCCUACCUUCCGCUACUUCAACUACGGCAAGAAGGACUUCAAGUACAUCGGAGGACGGGUGGCUAAGGACUUUAUUCAGUUCAUGGAGAAUCCUCGUGAAGGUCCCCCACCCCCACCCUCUGAACCAGAGUGGAAAGAUAUGCCAAGUCACGUCACCCACCUAACUGACGAUACUUUUGAGGAAUUUGUGAAGACACACCAUUCGGUUCUUGUCAUGUUCUAUGCACCUUGGUGUGGUCACUGCAAAGCAAUGAAGCCUGCUUACAUGGAAGCCGCUGAAGAGUUGCACAGUAAAAAUGCUCGCAGUGUUUUGGCCGCUGUAGAUUGUACCAAAGAGAAAUCGUUGGCACAAAAGUAUGACAUUGAUGGAUUUCCUACAAGUGAGUUCAAACAAAGGACCACUCAAGCUUUCUUUUAUUUUUCGUGUUGUAGGUCCGAGGCCUCAGCACCUGCAGACGCCAAAACAGCCAAACCUGAAAAACCAGUUGAACCAGCUUGGAGUGAUGAAGAUACAGACGUGGUCCAUUUAACAGCAAGCACAUUUCAGGAGUUUAUUAAGUCACACAGUUCAGCCCUUGUCAUGUUUUAUGCUCCCUGGUGUCCACAUUGCAAAAAGAUAAAACCCGAGUUUUCGGAGGUGGCCAAAGAAGUCAACACCGAGAACAAGGUCCCUGGUGCCCUGGGUGCGGUGGAUUGUACUGUGGAUGGUGAUCUUUGUACUGAACAGGAAGUCAAGCGUUAUCCCACAUUAAAGUACUACAAAGAUGGGGAAUUUGCUUACAAGUACACAAAGAAAAGGAAAGCAGAGGACAUGCUAGCCUUCAUGAAAGAUCCCCAGAAACCUGCACCUCCUCCUCCACCACCUGAUUGGAGUAAGGAGUCUGGUAAAGUGCAUUUCCUGACUAACGAGACUUGGGAUUCAUUCAUGGCCGAACAUCCUUCUGUGCUGGUCAUGUUUUUUGCUCCUUGGUGUGGUUACUGUAAAGCUAUGAAGCCAAACUUCUUUAAAGCCGCUGAGAUCCUUAGUGAACAACAUCCGUCUGAAGCGUUAGCAGCUGUUGACUGCACGAAAUUCAAAUCUAUUUGCAAGCGGACCGGUCUCAAGGGAUAUCCCACAGUGAAAUACUACAAAAAUGGCGAAAUGGAAAAAGAUUAUGAUGGUGAUAGGUCGGCUGAAGAUAUAAUUAACUUUAUGAAGAGCAUGAGUGGUGUGGACACUGUACCUGAAGAAACGAAAGGAACUGAGACAGAAAAAGAAGAAUCAGAUGGAUUGAAGAUCUUAGCUUCUGCAAACUUUGAAUCCUUCUUGUCCGAGACAGAACACGUGUUGGUUAUGUUCUUUGCCCCAUGGUGUGGUCAUUGUCAGAAUGCCAAACCCAAAUUCCUGAAAGCUUCUGAAGCGUUUGCCGAGGAAGCUAAUAAAGCUUUCACUGCAGUUGACUGCACUCAGGAUAGCGAUUUGUGUGAUAAACAAGGCGUGAACGGAUAUCCGACCAUCAAGUAUUACAGAUAUGGUGCUUUUGUUGUUGAAUACGACGGCGACAGAACUGAAGAAGACUUUUUGUCCUUCAUGAAGUCACCCCCCAACCCCCUCCCCCCUGAUCAACCAGACAGCAACCAAGAUGAAAAGCGAGACGAACUUUAACUUCGAGUUUUGUAUUUCAAAUUUAGCUUUAAAUUAUCCUUUUAAAUUCGGCCAUAGCGAAAUAAUUCCGAUGUUUUUACGAAUAAUUCUGUAGAGUUUAGUAGAUGCACCCGACGUUAAAAACGUCUCAUCAGGAAAAUUUACGACCACGUCUGCAGCAUACACCAACCGCGAAUUCACCUCUGUUUUCGUUCACUUUUCUACCAAUACUAAAAACGAUCAACAGGAAAGUGAUAAUAAAUAAAUUAUUUCUGUCUUUCGGCCUCGAACGCAAGUAUUUCCUCUUUAGUUUGGUUGAAAAACAGACUUUAAUGCUCACUUUUUCCAUUCUUUGUACGCUUAGACGUGGUUGUAAGUUUUUAUCAUCAGACUAAUUGCUCUCCAUCACUCUCGCUUCGUAGGUUUACUGUAAAUUUUUUUUUUUUCAUCAAAAAUUUUCAAAUCAGGAAGUGCACUUUUCAAGUCAAAAUGGCCUUCAAUUCAUCUCACGACAGUCGAUUAAAGUUUUUUUUUUAAGAAAAGGGAAUUAUUCAUUCAGCUUGCUUAUUUCCGAAAAACAUUUUUGAUUUAUUUAUGAAAUGAAAUUGCUCUUCUACAGCCUGUUAUGUUAUGAUGUAAAUUUGACAUUCUGUCAAACUAAUGUGCUUUAGCAGUCAAAUUUCCGAGAAGACUCUCGACGAAGCGGUAGCUUAAAUCAACUAUAGAUAAUUGCAAAGAGAUAGGUAAUCAUUAUUGAAAUAACCCAGAAAAAGACCUACUAACGAGUCACAGAUUGUUAGGCAACGCUCCAUAAGCUCUAUGUGACAUUACAAACAAAUGCGUGAGGUCAAACAAAGGAGAGUGUUCAAAAAUAUUUUUUUGUCAGAUAUUUUUCUCCAUGAAAAUGCCGGUAUCGUUUUAACUACAGAUUAAAGGUCCAAAUAAAGACAAUUACGUACUA